AUGACGCGCCCGAAUCUCGGCGCGCUGCGCAUGACGAUUGUCGUCGCGGCCAGUCUGAAGAACGGGAUUGGCGCAAAGGGCACGCUGCCGUGGCGCCUGCCGAAAGACAUGGCGUACUUUCGUGCAGCGACGAGCCACGUCGUCGACACGCCGCGCGACGACGCGGCAAUGGGCGCGGCAGGCUACGAAAAGCGCGCGGUGCCGAUCAAAAACGCGGUCAUCAUGGGACGCAAUACGUGGGACAGCAUCCCGCCCAAGUUCCGCCCCCUGUCGGACCGCAUCAAUGUCGUGGUGAGCACGACAAUGAAGCAGGCGGACCUCGGACUGCCUGCGCCGGACGCGGACACGGUCGUCGUCGCCUCGUUCGAGGACGCAGUGUCUCUUUUGCAAGAGCGCCGGCUCGCGCGGUACAUGGACGUCUCGAGCGGCUCUGCACUGGGGCACACGUUUAUUGUCGGCGGCGCAGCGAUUUACCGCCACGUCCUCACCACGACAAGCCCGGCGUGGGCGCUCGAGAACCUGCUCGUGACGCGCAUCAUGCGCCCGCAUGCGGAGAACGAGUUGUACGACGUGUUCCUCGACGAGUUCCGCUCGGAAAAGCAGCAGGCGUGGGAAGAAGAUACCGCCAAGGCGUGCGUCGACGUGCUCCCGACCGACGAGCGCCUAUGCCCAGACGAGCUGGACGACCGUGCAGUGUGGCGCCAGGCAACGUCUGCCGAGCACAAGACGUUCCUGGCCGACGCGCCGCACGCCGCACAGGUCGGCCAGAUCUUUCACGACAAGGGCAUCGCGAUCCAGUUCCAGCUGUGGCGCCGCCGUGAUCUGCCCAAGGACGGGGCCGUGUAA